AUGUUCGUUCGUUCAUCACUGCUGUGCCUGGUGCUGUCAGUCUGCACCCUCCGAUCUGUGCUGGGUUGCAGGUGGAUUAAACACAAGUUCCAACAUCACCACAGAGUCUCUUUGGAUCUGAUUGAAAAAAUGGGAGAGAAAAUCAUCGAGGGCCAUAAAAACAAAUCCUCCAUCAACCCCAUUCCAUAUGAACUGAUCAACAGCUACAGGACAGUAGAGGCUGAGAAACAGAUUCUGUUUGUUAUUCAGACUUUGAUGGAGAUCACUGGUGUCUUUGAGGACGCUGACUCUGCACCCUGGGAUAAAAGCACAAUGGAGGAUUUCUCGAACAUCAUCCAUGAGCAGAUUGAUGGACUCCAAUUAUGUGGCGCUUUCAAAACGAAGAGGAAUAAAAAGUUACAUCUCUAUUUUAGAAGACUGAGGCAAAUGAUAGAGUUGAAGACGGAGGAUGCAGGUAAAGGCUGGGAGAUCAUCAGAGCUCGAGUCAUAAGCAUCCUGAAACAGCUGGAAUUUUUCUCCUUCUACACUCAUGGAUCUACAAAAUCUUAA